AUCGAAGCUCUCUAUCCCGUUCCCCCAAUGGGCCAGUUGUUCACACAGAACAAAGGGAGCAAGAUUCAAUUCCUACGAAUCGCUGAAUACACUCAGCAGGUUUGAGAAUUUGGUACAGACUUGGAGUUCUCCUCCUAAAGACAUAGACACAUUAACUCAUGGACGCCUCAUCACUGUUGCUGCUGCUGCUAAAAUUAACUGCGAUCCUUUUCCAAGUGAUACCAGGGUCUGUGGCUCAGAACUGGAGUGUGUCUCACACACCAAGCAAAUUGUGUGCUGUUCAUCAUUCCACUGUUGUGUUACCCUGCAAAUACACCUAUCCCACUGGUCAAACGGUCACCAGUUCCACAUGGCACUAUAGGACGUCAAAGGGCGCGGCGACUGAAAGACCUGUAGCGCAUUCUCUAGCUGAUGGGUUAAAUUGCUCUCUCACACUGGACAGUGUAACUCAAGGUGAUGCUGGUUUUUAUCAGUUCAGCUUCAGGACCAGCGGCUCCACCCAGGAUCUGACAAAUGAAGAUGGAGUUACACUGGAGAUAACAGAGCUCCAAGUGGACAUCGAGCCAAUGUUGGACAUGGUGUUGGAGGGAGACUGGGUGACAUUGAUCUGUGGCUCCUGCAUUCCUUCCCUCACUGUUCCCAUGUACACCUGGUACAAAGAUGGGCAUCUGUACAAGCAAAAGCGUGGAGACUACCAGCUGGAGCUAACAAACAUGAAUGUGAAGGAUGAAGGCAGCUACCAGUGCUCCAUCAGUGGGCAUGAAGACCUGCGCUCCUCACCUGUGAACAUCACUAUGAAAUGUAAGGCAGAUCCUCCAAAGAAUGUCUCAGUGUCCAUGAACUUCUCUGGUGAGAUAGUGGAGGGAAGUUCUGUGACUCUGACCUGCAGCAGUGAUGCGAACCCAUCUGUGGAGAUCUACACCUGGUUUAAGGAGAAAGAAUCCUCACCUGUAGGAUCUGGACAGAGUUACAGAGCUCUACAGAGUGGACAGUACUACUGUGAGGCUCAGAAUAAACACGGCUCUGAGAGAUCUGCUGCAGUGUCCGUCACUUUAAAAGGUAAUUCUGUAAUUGUUUAUGUGGCUGUUGGACUCGGAUUUUUUGGCCUUGCUGCUCUUCUCUCUGCGCUCUUCUGGCUGAGAUGCAAGAGACAGAAGAAAAAGGCAGAUGAAGGUGACGAUCAGAACGCUGGGCCGAGUGCUAAAGACGACACGUACGCAGCUCUCAACCUUGCAGGACGGACAUCUGAUAUCUGAUGAUGUGUAUCACACACUUGCAAUCGCCCAUCUCAGUCCUCCUGCUGACACACACACCUCCUCUGACUAUGAGAAGAUCCCAGUGGGUUUUAGCCCUUUAAACUCGAUCGCGAUGAUGGAGAAAAGAGUAAUGUGAUGUUUAAAUUGGCCGUAACUGGAAAGCUCAUGUGAAGAUGUGAGUGUAACAGGUUUAUCCUGCAUGGUGUGAGAUUUUGCUCUGAAAAUGCAGGAAAUGGACGAACCAUCAGCUCAGCUCUUUCACUAUUAACCGCACCUGCACUUAGCCUGGGUCAAAAUAUACAUUUUACACAAAUAUAAACUUAUUAAUGCUGUAGAUAUUGUUGCUUUGUAAAGAUUUAAAUAUCUGAAACCUGCCAAUUGAAAUAAGACACUUUUUAGCGAGAAAUUAAUAAAUAUGUCUAUAAAUGGAUUUAAUGGCCUUAUAUAUGUGAAUUGUUAAUCACAUAAGGAUAAAUAUUA